AUGAUCCCACGUUUAUACUAUACAAUGAAUGAUCAAUUCGAAAAGUUCUACUCCCAAUCACAAUUUAUUUCAUUGACCCUCGAUAUUUGUUCCGAUCAUCGUUUAGGAUCGUUUUUUGCAACGACGGGUAUGAUUUCAACCACGGUCAUGCUUUCGUCUCUAACAUAUCAAAAUCUUGCGUCUUAUGCUUUUACCUUUACACGGAAGUUAUACCACGAAUCUUUUGCUGCAAACCAAUAUCAAGGCAUUCGAAAAUUUGAUACCGAAUACGAUGACGAACCUUGUGCACCAACCACCGGUGGAAAUUAUUCGAAUAUGUUUGGACCUAUCAAACAUAGUUUUGACAACGUUACCUUGCAUAAUGUAUCGUUACGUAUUCCCUGCUUUGCCCACUCUUCAACUGGUAGUUAA